GCACGCAAGUCAAGCAAAGGGGGCAGGGAACACGGAGAAGAAACCACCCUUGGGCCAUGGCUCUGAGUCCAGUUGUUCAUCACAGAGCAAAUCUGCCUGCACUAAGAAGAGGGGUUCCUCUGCAAGGCCUUUCGGAAUUCUGAGUCUUGUCUGUUAAACUCUACCCUCUCUCCUCCACAUCCCCCUAUCUCUUCUUUCGGGAAGGAAAUAGUUAAAAAGACUCUUGCCCUUCAGGGCCUGGAAGGGGGCAGCAACUUUGUGCUUUUUAGUGGCUGCGUCCCAGGACAGCUGGAAGGUUAGGACGCUCUUGCGGUCCUAGAGUGGAGUGGAAGGUCUGAAGCUUUGGGAGGAGACGGGGAGGAAAGACUGGAGGCGUGUUCCUCCAGAGUUUUCUUUUUCUUGUGAGCCCUUGCGCGCGCGUACAGUCAUCCAGGGGGCCUGGCGAUUGUGGAGAGGAGGUGGAGAGGCUUCAUCCAUCCCACCCGGUCGUCGCCGGGAACUGGGGGCUCAGCGAGACCUCUCCCGGAGAAGCAGUGCCCAGGAAGUUUUCUGAAGCCGGGGUCGCUGUGCAGCCUGAGCCGCCGCCACGCCGGAGCCCGGGACAUCGGCCACCCUCCGCGCCACCCACCCUCGCCGGCUCCGGCUUCCUCUGGCCCAGGCGCCGAGCCGACCCGGCAGCUGUCUGCGGCCGCCGAGCUCCACGGUAAAAAAAAAAAAGUGAAGGUGUAAAAGCAGCACAAGUACAAUACAAGAUAUUUCCUCAAAUCUGCCUCAAGAUGGAAACCCUUUGCCUCAGGGCAUCCUUUUGGCUGGCACUGGUUGGAUGUGUAAUCAGUGAUAAUCCUGAGAGAUACAGCGCAAAUCUAAGCAAUCAUGUGGAUGAUUUCACCACAUUUCGUGGCACAGCACUCAGCUUCCUGGUUACCACUCAUCAACCCACAAAUUUGGUCCUACCCAGCAAUGGCUCAAUGCACAACUAUUGCCCACAGCAGACUAAAAUUACUUCAGCUUUCAAAUACAUUAACACUGUGAUAUCUUGUACUAUUUUCAUCGUGGGAAUGGUGGGGAAUGCAACUCUGCUCAGGAUCAUUUACCAGAACAAAUGUAUGAGGAAUGGCCCCAACGCGCUGAUAGCCAGCCUUGCCCUUGGAGACCUUAUCUAUGUGGUCAUUGAUCUCCCUAUCAAUGUAUUUAAGCUGCUGGCUGGGCGCUGGCCUUUUGAUCAAAAUGAAUUUGGCGUAUUUCUUUGCAAGCUGUUCCCCUUUUUGCAGAAGUCCUCAGUGGGGAUCACCGUCCUCAACCUCUGCGCUCUUAGUGUUGACAGGUACAGAGCAGUUGCCUCCUGGAGUCGUGUUCAGGGAAUUGGAAUUCCUUUGGUAACUGCCAUUGAAAUAGUCUCAAUCUGGAUCCUGUCCUUUAUCCUGGCCAUUCCUGAAGCAAUUGGCUUCGUCAUGGUACCCUUUGAAUACAGGGGUGAACAGCAUAACACCUGUAUGCUCAAUGCCACAUCAAAAUUCAUGCAGUUCUACCAAGAUGUAAAGGACUGGUGGCUCUUUGGGUUCUAUUUCUGUAUGCCCUUGGUGUGCACUGCGAUCUUCUACACCCUCAUGACUUGUGAGAUGUUGAACAGAAGGAACGGCAGCUUGAGAAUUGCCCUCAGUGAACAUCUUAAGCAGCGUCGAGAAGUGGCUAAAACAGUUUUCUGCUUGGUUGUAAUUUUUGCUCUUUGCUGGUUCCCUCUUCAUUUAAGCCGUAUAUUGAAGAAAACCGUGUAUAAUGAGAUGGACAAGAACCGAUGUGAAUUACUUAGUUUCUUGCUGCUCAUGGAUUACAUCGGUAUUAACUUGGCGACCAUGAAUUCAUGUAUAAACCCCAUAGCUCUGUAUUUUGUGAGCAAGAAAUUUAAAAAUUGUUUCCAGUCAUGCCUCUGCUGCUGCUGUUACCAGUCCAAAAGUCUGAUGACCUCGGUCCCCAUGAAUGGAACAAGCAUCCAGUGGAAAAACCAUGAUCAAAACAACCACAACACAGAUCGGAGCAGCCACAAAGACAGCAUGAACUGACCACCCUGAGAAGCACUCCUCGGGUACUCCCAUAAUCCUCUCGGAGAAAAAAAAACACAAGGCAACUGUGACUCCGGAAAUCUCUUCUCUGAUCCUUUUUCUUAACUCACUCCCACACCCAAGAAGAAAGGCUUUCCAAAACCACAAGGGUAGACUGGUUUAUCCACCCACAACAUCUACGAAUCAUACUUCUUUAAUUGAUCUAAUGUACAUAUUCCAUGUGUUGUGUUCAGCACUAAAAAAUGGUGGGAGCUAGGGGAGAAUGGAGACUGUUAAAUGAAAAUAGAAGGGCAUUUGCUACUUUUGCAUGAAAAUAGAGUUUUCGAGUACAUGGCUAGCUGUUAUGGCAGUCCUGGUAAAUGUUCAAUGGGAGCUGGUCACCAUGAAAUGUUAAGAGAUUAUGACAAGAUUUUCUACUUUUUUUAAGUGAUUUUUUUUUCCUUCAGCCAAACACACUAUGGGCUCAAGUCACUUGUAUUUGAAAUGUCAUUUGGUGCCAGUAUUUUUGAACUGCCUAAUAGCCUAACAUGAUUAUUUGAACUUAUUUACACAGUUUGAAAAAAAAAAAGAGAGAUAGAGAAAGACAAAAAUAGUAUUCAGGUGAGCAGUUAGAAUUUUUCAUGUCACUGUUUUUUUAAAAAAAAAUACAACACAAAUUCCAAAGCUACGGCAAAUACUACAGGCCCUUAAUACACAGUCUGAUGACACACUGGGCAGUUUAACAGAUGUUACUCAAAGAACUUUUUAAAACUGUAUUUUCUUUUUUAAAUGGUGUUUUAUUACAAGAGAUUUGAAUAUGUUUUGUAUGUCAAAUUCAAAAGUAAUGCUUGAAUCAGAUAGUUCUUUUUCACAAGUCCAAUCUGUUUUUCAUGUAAAUUUUAUAUGUAAAAUCAGUAUCAUGUACCAAAAUUUAAAUGUAUGUGUCAUUUAACUCUGCCUGAGACUUUCAGUGCACUGUCUAUAGAAGUCUAAAGCCCAUGUAGGAGAAAAAGAUUGAAUUUUUCGGAUGAUUUGGAAAUUUUCAUUGAGGUAUUUUUAAUAGUAACUAUAUAUGUAUAUACCUAUCACCUCCUAUUCUCUUAAUUUUUCUUAAAACGUUAAUGGGCAGUAAACCUUUUUUGGUCAUUCCCUUUUCCAUAUAAGGAAACAUAAUUUCAAAGUGGCCAGAUGAGUUUAUCAUGUCAAUGAACAAUAGUUACCCCCAAAUAACACCAGAACUUAUGGUUCUUCGCUUCUCUGGGUUUUCAGUAUGAACCUAAAUCCCCACCCCACCGUCUGUCUCCCACAUUGUUACCAUUUCAAAGGGCCCACAGUGACUUUUGCUGGGCAUUUUCCCAGAUGUUUACAGACUGUGAGUACAGCAGAAAAUCUUUUACUAGCAUAUGUGUAUAUAUAUAAACAAUUGUAAAUUGCUUUUAGCCCACUUUUCUGGACUGUCUCUGUGGAAUGUAUUUGUGUGUGAUAUAUGCAUGUGUGUGAUGGUAUGUAUGGAUUUAAUCUAAUCUAAUAAUUGUGCCCUGCAGUUGUGCCAAAGUGCAUACUCCAAGUAACCUGCCUGGUCCAUUUUAACCUGUACCAACCUUCUGCAUUCGUAAAUCUUGUGACCAUGUUACCAUUACAAAUAGACUAUAAGAGGCAACAUGAAAGUGGAUGAGCUGUGGACUAGCAAUAUAGGGUUUUGUUUGGUUGGUUGGUUUGAUCAAGCAGCAUUUAGGGUCAUAUUGUUUCCUGUACUAGAACAAAAGUUAUUACAAUUUGAAGUAUUACAUUGUUCUUAUCCUCAACUCAGUGUGGUAAUGAAAUUGCCAGGUUGUCUGACGUGUCAUACUUCAACAGACAGAUCACUGAUAACGAAUUAGGUAAGAUAAUUUGUUGGGCCAUAUUUUAGACAGGCACAGGUAAAAUAACAUCAGGUUCCAGUUGCUUGAAUUGCAAGGCUAGGAAGUACUGCUCUUUUGUGUGUUAGCAGUCAAAUCUAUUAUUCCACUGGUACAUCAUAUGCAGUGAUACAUGCCUAUAACGUAAGCCAUAGGUUCACAUCAUUUUGUUUAGACAAUUCCCUUUUUUUUCAAUAUGUUUUGUUUCUUUCAUAUAAAAAAAUGCAUUUUUAAAUUCAGAAAGUCAUAGAUUUCUGAAGGCUUCAAUGUGCAUUUUAUUUAUGGACUGGUAAAUAACUGUGGUUUACUAGUAGAAAUAUUUCCAAUUUCUACCUUUACUACAUCUUUCAACAAGUAACUUUGUAGAAAUGAGCCAGAAGCCAAGGCCCUGAGUUGGCAGUGGCCCAUAAGUAUAAAAUAAAAGUUUACAGAAACCUUU